AUGGAGGUGACACUGGUGGAUGUACAUUUGUUUGCUCAACAAAUUGGACCAGGGGAGGGUGCUGUGCACUUGGCCGUAGCUGCUGUCCCUUAUGCUCUGUGGGACAAGCGAGAGGGAAAGCCUGACUUGAAACCAUCCUCAUCUGCUUCAGAACAGCAAAUGUUGAAGCAUGGAUAUCUGGCUUAUACAAUAUCCUGUGCCCAGCUGGGCUACUCAGACCAGCAGUUAAGACAGUUAGGCGCAUAAGCCUUGAGAGAAGGCUGGUCUAGGUUCAAAGUAAAGGUGGGUGCAGAUCUACGGGAUAAUACCUGUAGAUGCAAAGUUGUACGAGAAAUUAUUAGCCCAGAUAAAAUAAUGAUGCUGGUUGCAAACCAACAAUGGGAAAUAAAGGAAGCAAUAGAGUGGCUCACUAAACCAGCUGAGUUUAAACCCUCAUGGAUUAAAGAGCCAACUUUUCCAGAUGAGGAUAUGCAUAUCCAGAUGGGACUCACAACCAUUCCAAAGGUUGGAGAGUUAAAUUUUUAUUUCAUGCACUGCCACAACAGAGUAAUCUUUAAACAGCUUCUACAAGCUAAGGCCUGGAGUUAUGUCCAAAUUGACAGCUGCAGGCUGGGAAGUGUGAAUGAAAAUUUGUCUGUGGCUCUGCACCAAAGCACUUUCGAUGUUUUGGUUUGGGGCUCCAUCUUUCUCUCGUCUGGACUUGGGGGUCUCUGUGAACUAGUCCAGCAUUCGAUAAUAUUUGAUUAUAUCCCAGUAUCUGAAAGCCUUGAAAGCAAAUGUGGAUGUUCCACUGAAAUGAAAGAAUAUUCUGCAAGAAACUAUCCAUUUCCAGAGGGAGAAGUUUGGCAGAAGCUCCUUUUCAGUCAAAAGGCACAACAGCAUUGA